AUGGUGAAGCCUGGUCAGAGGUUCUGGUUGCUCUGUGUCCUGUUGCUGCCCCAGGCUCAGGCACAACCGUACACCCCCAUCCACAAGGCUGGCCAAUGUGCCUUCUACGACGAGUGCGGGAAGAAUCCUGAGUUGUCGGGGAGUGUGAUCCCACUGUCCAAUGUCUCCUGCCUGUCAAACACACCUGCCAAACCCGUCACGGGCCUGCACCUGACACUCCUGCGGCGCAUCUGCCCCCGCCUCUACAAGGGCCCCACCACCACCUAUGCCUGCUGCUCCUUAAAGCAGCUGGUGGCUCUAGAGAUAAGCAUGGCGGUCACCAAGGCUCUCCUCACUCGCUGUCCCGCUUGCUCCGACAACUUUGUCAGUCUGCACUGCCAGAACACUUGCAGCCCCGACCAGAGCCUCUUCAUCAACGUGACGCGCAUCUACCCACGGGGCGACGGGCAGCUGCCGGCAGUGCUGGCCUACCAGGCCUUCUACCAGCGAAGCUUUGCCGAGGCCGUCUAUGAAUCGUGUAGCCGUGUGCGCAUUCCUGCGGCGGCCACCUUGGCUGUGGGCAGCAUGUGCGGUGUGUAUGGCUCUGCUCUCUGUAACGCCCAGCGCUGGCUCAACUUCCAAGGCGACACCAGCAACGGCCUGGCCCCGCUGGACAUUGCCUUCCACCUCUUGAACCCCAGCCAGGCCCCUGGGGAUGGGAUUGAGCUUCUCAACUCGGAGGUCGUGAGCUGCAAUGUUUCCCAGGAGGAUGGGGCGGCUGCAUGCUCCUGCCAGGACUGCGCCGCAUCCUGUCCUGCCAUAGUACAUCCACAGCCUCUGGACUCCACCUUCCGCUUAGGCCAGAUGGCCUGGGACCUGGCCCUGGUGACUAUCCUCUGCUCCCUCUUUGCCGUCCUUGUGGUCUUCCUCGUGCUCCCCCUCUUGGUCCACCGCAGGGCCAAGGCCAAGGCCAAGGCCAAAGAAAAGGCAGAAGUCCCUGCUGUGCACAUAAGCUUCUUGGACCGGAUCAGCCUCCGUACUCACACUCUCCUGGGCCAGUUAUUCCAGGCCUGGGGCACAUGGGUGGCCUCGUGGCCACUCACAGUCCUGGGGGUGUCCACUGUAGUGGUGGUGCUUCUGUCGGCGGGUCUGGCCUUCAUGGAGCUCACCACGGACCCUGUGGAGCUGUGGUCAGCCCCGAACAACCGGGCCCGGCGGGAGAAGGAGUUCCACGACCAGCAUUUUGGCCCUUUCUUUCGCACCAACCAGGUGAUCCUGACCGCCCCUGGUCGGGCCAGCUAUGGCUAUAACUCCCUGAUGCUGGGUCCCAAAAACUUCAGCGGGGUCCUGGCACCCGACCUGCUGCUACAGCUGCUGGAACUGCAGGAAAGGCUGCGGCGGUUGCAGGUGUGGUCCCCUGAAGAGGGGCGAAACAUCUCGCUCCAAGACGUCUGUUACGCCCCGCUCAACCCGCACAACGCCAGCCUGGAAGACUGCUGUGUGAACAGCCUGUUGCAGUACUUCCAGAACAACCGCACUCGUUUUCUGCUCACCGCCAACCAGACUCUCCUGGGACAGACGGCCGAAGUAGGCUGGAGGGAUCAUUUUCUCUACUGUGUCAAUGCUCCACUCACAUUCAAAGAUGGCACAUCCUUGGGCCUAAGCUGCAUGGCCGACUACGGAGCCCCCAUUUUCCCUUUCCUCGCAGUGGGGGGAUACAAAGGUAAGGACUACUCUGAGGCCGAGGCCCUGAUCAUGACCUUCUCCCUCAACAACUACCCAAGUGGGGACCCCCGGCUGGCCCAGGCCAAGCUCUGGGAGUCAGGCUUCUUGGAGGAGAUGCGAGCCUUCCAGCGGCAGAUGGCUGGCACGUUCCAGGUCACCUUCAUGGCUGAGCGCUCCCUGGAAGAUGAGAUCAACCGCACCACAGGGGAGGACUUGCCGAUCUUUGCCAUCAGUUACAUCGUCAUCUUCUUGUACAUCACCCUGGCACUGGGCAGCUACUCCAGCAGGCACCGAGUGCUGGUGGACGCUAAGGCCACACUGGGCCUAGGUGGGAUCAUGGUGGUGCUGGGAGCAGUUAUGGCCUCCAUGGGCUUCUUCUCCUACUUGGGUGUCCCGUCCUCUCUGAUCAUCAUCCAAGUCGUGCCUUUCUUGGUCCUUGCUGUGGGCGCUGACAACCUCUUCAUCUUCAUUCUCGAGUACCAGAGGCAGCCGAGGCAGCCGGGGGAGCAGCGGGAGGAACACAUCGGCCGCGUCCUUGGUCUUGUGGCUCCCAGCAUGCUACUGUGCAGUGUGUCUGAGGCCAUCUGCUUCUUCUUGGGGGCGCUGACUCUCAUGCCAGCCGUGCGGACGUUUGCCCUGACCUCUGGCCUGGCGGUGGUGCUGGACUUUCUGCUGCAGAUGUCAGCCUUCGUAGCCCUGCUUUCUCUGGACAGCAGGAGGCAGGAGGCCUCCCACCUGGAUGUCUGCUGCUGCCUCAGAGCCCAGCAACUUCCCCCGCCCAGUCCCAAGGAGGGGCUCCUGCUCCGCUUCUUCCGCCAAGUUUACGCACCAUUCCUGCUGCACCGAGUCACCCGAGGUGUUGUGAUCUUCCUGUUCCUGGCCCUCUUCGGAGUCAGUCUCUACUUCAUGUGCCACAUCAGCGUGGGCCUUGAUCAGGAGCUGGCCUUGCCCAAGGACUCCUACCUGCUGGACUACUUCCUUUUUCUGAACCGUUACUUUGAAGUGGGCACCCCUGUCUACUUUGUCACCACUGCGGGCUAUAACUUCUCCAGCGAGGCUGGAAUGAAUAGUGUCUGCUCCAGCGCAGGCUGUGACAGCUACUCUUUAACACAGAAGAUCCAGUAUGCCACAGAGUUCCCUGCGGAAUCUUACCUGGCCAUUCCAGCCUCUUCCUGGGUGGAUGACUUCAUCGACUGGCUGACCCCAUCUUCUUGCUGCCGUCUCUAUGGCUCUGACCCCAAUAAGGAUGAAUUCUGUCCCUCGACAAGCAGCGCCUUGAAUUGCACGAGAAACUGCAUGAGCUUCACUCUGGGCCCCAUCCGGCCCUCAGUGGAGCAGUUCCACAAGUACCUCCCGUGGUUCCUGAGCGACCCGCCCAACAUCAAGUGUCCCAAAGGGGGCCUGGCGGCUUACAGCACCUCUGUCAAUAUGAGCCAAGACGGUCAGAUUGUGGCCUCCCGGUUCAUGGCCUACCACAUGCCCCUGAAGAACUCCCAGGAGUAUACAGAAGCUCUGCGGGCAGCUCGAGCCCUAGCAGCUAACAUCACUGCCAGCCUGCGGAAGGUCCCGGGGACGGACCCAACCUUUGAAGUCUUCCCUUACACGAUCACCUACGUGUUUUAUGAGCAGUAUCUGACCAUUGUCCCUGAGGGGCUCUUCAUGCUGAGUGUCUGCCUCCUGCCCACCUUCGUUGUCUGCUGCCUCCUGCUGGGCAUGGACCUGCGCUCUGGGCUGCUCAACCUCUUCACCAUCAUCAUGAUUCUUGUGGACACCGUCGGCUUCAUGGCACUUUGGGGCAUCAGUUAUAAUGCAUUGUCCCUCAUCAACCUCGUCACGGCGGUGGGCAUGUCGGUGGAGUUCGUGUCUCACAUCACCCGCUCCUUUGCCAUCUGCACCAUGCCCACCAGACUGGAGAGGGCCAGGGAGGCGACCAUUACCAUGGGCAGUGCGGUCUUUGCUGGUGUGGCCAUGACUAACCUGCCCGGCAUACUGGUCCUGGGCCUUGCCAAGGCCCAGCUCGUUCAGAUCUUCUUCUUUCGCCUCAACCUGCUCAUCACCCUCCUGGGGCUGCUGCAUGGCCUCGUCUUCCUUCCUGUAGUCCUCAGCUACCUGGGGCCGAAUGUCAACCCUGCUCUGGUGCUGAAACAGGAGAUGGCCAAGGCAGCUGCUACAGUCAGGGCAGACUCCUGCUCAGUGCACCCUCCUGUGGCCCACACAAGCAGCUACGUCUACACCAACAAGAGCUUUGGAGAGGAUGCCAAGAAUCCCAACGGUGUGGACAGUUCUUUGCCCAGCAGCGGGCAGGUGCUCUGA